AUGGCAAAUAUCGGAGGAGAAACUCGUCCCAAAGAAUUGACGGUGACGACGCCAAGUACGGUGCAAGUUGCGCUCCGAAUAAAACCCACAAUAAUACUGGAUUCAACAAUAACGCAUUCAAUAGCAUCGGCAUCACACGAGCCAUCUUUAAAAGGUCAUCAUCAUCCAAUAGUGACUCCUUCAAACGAAGUACCCAAUCAAGUGAUAUUCAAAACUCUUGAGAAAUCCAAGGGAGAUGCCGAGGAAGAAGGGAAAUCAGAAGACAAGCAAGUAUACUCUUUUGAUCACGUUUUCGGCGAGGAAUGUACCCAGCAAGAGUUUUACGAAAGCGCAAUAGAGGGAUUGAUUGAGAAGUUUUUGGAUGGUUACAAUGUGACUAUCUUAACCUACGGAAAAACUUCUUCGGGAAAAUCCUAUACCCUUGGCACCACUCCGUCAUCCAUUUCAACUUCUUCCAAUGACUCUGACACCUCCUCAACGUCUUGUAUAAUAGACCACCAAUCCGGCAUAAUACCGCGUUCCAUGAAUUCUCUAUUCGCUCUAAUAGAAAACUCGGAGAAAUAUAAAUCGAAUAAAAUCUCCCUAAAGGUUUCUUACGUGGAGGUUGUAAAUGAGGAUCUAAUUGACCUAUUAGAUCCGCCCAUUUACCUGUUUAAUGGAGAAGACGACAAAAUGGGUGGCAUGGGAAUAGGAAAUGGAAGAGAUUCUUCAACCGGGCAUAGAAUUGGCGAAAUGAGCACCAACGAAAUUGGUAUGUACUUUGGCCACAAUGAAAUCCCAUACCUUAAACCAUUGGUGUUGAUACGCGAAGACGCAAAGGGAAAUAUUCACUGGAGUGGAUUGCAGGAGAUCGGUGUAAAUAAUGCUAAGGAGGUUAUGGAACAUCUCACACGAGGCAUAGAAAGCCGUCACAAAAAUUGCUCUGAUGUCUCCACGAGCAUCGCUUCAAGAUCGCACACCAUUUUUUCUGUAACAAUGACUCGGCAAAAAUUCAUUCCCAGUGUUUCAUCAUUAACCUCACAUACUGCUUCAUCAUUAUCUCGAAGAAGUUCAACGACUCCUCACUCAUCAGGAUCACGUCCUUCGAGCAGGAUGAGUGUAUCAACAAGUAACUCAAGACCAUCCAGUCGAGCUGGAAAUGAAAGUCGACCUACUUCGCGUGCGAGUUCGGGUCUAGGGAUCAGGAAUGAUGAGAGCGGAGAGCGCACCACCAUCACAAGCAAGUUAUGGUUUGUAGAACUAUCGGGUAAUGAAAAGUCAUCAUCAUCAAAUGGCGAUCUCACGACUUCCGAAGUUGUACGCCCAAAUCCUGGUCUACUAUCAUUGGAAAACAUAAUCUCAAUUUUGGGCACAUCAAAGUUAAAUUCCUCCACGAAAUCUACCUCUCACCACGACAUACCUGUACAUAUCACCCCAAAUCGCGAUAACCGUGUAGUCCCUUACCGUGACACAAAGCUCACUCGCCUCCUUCAAGACUCUUUUGGAGGCAGCGCACAUACGCUAAUGAUUGCUUGCGUGUCACCUGAAGAAUGUGAUCGCGCUGUGACCCUCGAUACUCUUAGGUAUGCCUCUCUCACAAGGAACAUCAAGAAUAUUCCAUCGAAAAAUGUAAAGGUUACGAGUGUUGGAAAUGCUCGAAGGAAUUCCUUAACACGAGAAACCGCGGCCAGUAGCGCACGAAGAGCUGCAGUUGGUAACGACCGAAGGAGCACCACACCAACUAAUGGUCAUAUACGAAAGAAAUCGAUGGAUGUUAAGCACUCGGAAAAUGAUGAACCGGGAUGGCACGACGUGAAGAAUUUGCAAUCGACGGUGAUCAAGUUAAGAGCCGAGAAUAAUGCUUUGAAGAUAGCGCUUACCGCAGUCGAAAAACAUGGUCAAGCUAAUGGUCGUUCAACGCCUGUUUCCGGACGAACACCGGGAAGGAGCACCCCGACAUUAAUUCCGGGCCGAAGUACUCCCACCAAACCUCGAUCACCACUUGCAACGUAUUCCUCGUCAAAGAAUUCGUUAUCACAACAGAAUCAGCAAUAUUACGCGGAACAACUGGAAGAGAUCGAAAGCCAGUAUUUACAAUUAAGACAGUCGUACGCAGAACUUUCGCUCAAGUAUGGACAGGCGUCGGCAGAGCUCGCCUUGUAUCAAGAUAAUCGUGAAAUAACUUCUGCCUAUCCUACCUCACCCUUCGGCGUUUCCAGUCGUGAUG